CGAGAACGCUCGUCGUACUUCCCGCAACCGGGGAGGGAGAUUGGCGGGCACGAGGCGGAGCAGCAUCCCCAGUCCCCACCAGCCCACCACCGUUCACAAAUUUCGCGCGGCAGCUUUCACCAAUCACAAUUCACAAAUUUCUCUUCCAUUCCGAAGCCCCCCACUCUCCCGUCUCUCUCUCUCUCGCGCGCGCGCGCGCGACAUCGCCGCCUCGUCUGAACCCUAGAACCCCGCCGCGCGCCUCGGCGCCAACCACGGGCCUCCGCCAUCCGCGGCGAUGGCGAUGGCGGCGGCGCGGCGGCUCGAGCUGGCCGACCGGUGGCGCGGGAUCCAGGAGGACGAGGAGGCCGCCGAAGACGGCGAGCCGUCCGCGGCCAAGCACCGCCGCCUCAUCCAGGACAAGGAGGAGUGGUCUUCGCAUUGUUACAAUUUUCUGGUAAAUUUGCCGAGAGAAGAGCAUAUUUGGUGUGGAUAUGCUGAUAUUAUGGGCCCUUUUUUGGAGACAUUCCAUGGCUUCUUUAAUGAUGAAGAUGACAACUCAUCUCUUAGAAUAAUAUGGAAACGAAUUUCUCAAGAACUGGGUAUUUGCACACAAUGUGUGUGUGAACACCACCAGGGGCAGGGAUUUUUCGAUACUGAAUAUCGACCAGAUACUGUUGACCCCCUUCUCAAAGUAUUACGUCUUCUCGAUGAAGAGCGGGUAACAGAGCAUCUUGCACAGAUCAAUGCAAAGAUUCAGCGCAAGGAAUAUGACCCUUCAUGCCAUGGUGCAGAAGUUGUUAGCAUAAUGUUUGAAGUUUUGAUGUAUCCUGCCCUGUUAGACGACCAAUCAUUGGCUAAUCAGUUUCAGAUGUUCAUUGAAACAAUUGAUGAAUCAUAUGAAUUGAGCCUUUCAACUAAUCAGCAAUACCCUGGUGCUUAUGCCUUACUUUUCUUAAAAAGUUGCAAAGCGCGGGCUAUUGGGCUUCGAUUAGCUCGAUCCAUGGGGAAAUUGAGGAGAGCAGUUGAUUUGGAACCAUUGCAACCCUUAAUGCAAAAGUAUAUCAACUUUUUGGAAGCGGAAGUUCUUCCAUCUACUUCAGAAUAUUCGAGGCCUAGGGUGCACCUCAAAAGAGCCGACAUAUGGCUUGGAUUUAAAUCACUCCUGGGAUUUCUUGAGGCGCCUGCUUAUGAAGAUGGAAUUCUGGAGAAAUACCCUGUAUUCCUGAAUAUUGUACUUAACCAUGUCAGUGAUGACAGAUCUGAUUUAUCAUGUGCUGUAAGUUGCCUCAAAGCUUCAUUUGAAAUGCUUGGUUGCAAGCUUUGGUUGAGAACAACACUAUCACCUGGUGUUAUGCGGAACACAUUAUUGGGUCACUGUUUUCACACUCGAGAUGAGAAAAGUCACAAAGAAAUUUUUGAUCUUUUCCUCCCAUUUCUUCAGUCACUUGAAGCGCUACAGGACGGUGAACAUGAAAAGCAAAGGAGGAAUAUUCUGUAUUUCCUUCUUCAUCAAGUAACCCGGAGUAGUAAUUUCAGUGUUCUGAUGAGGAAAAAUGCUACUAAGAUUGCUCUUCUUAUUGUACAAAGAGGCUACACGAUGAGCCCUCCGUGCCCACCUUCCGAAUGCGCCCAUAUGUGGGGGCCAUCUUUGAUUAGCUCGAUAGAGGAUACAUCCUUACAUGGUUCAUUGCGUCAACCUGCACUUGGUCUCAUCUAUAUUGUCAUAAUUUCUGAUGCUUCUGCCUUGAUUUCCUAUAACCUGAAGUAUGAGGCUGUCACAAAGGUUAAUAUAAGCAAUUCUAUCAUGUUUGCUGACGACGACGAUGAAUUGCCUUUCUCGAAUGACGCUGAAGAAAAGUAUCAGAGUUGUUGGAACGACUUCAGUGUUCUGAACAAGUUGACAUGUCAGGAAUGCAAGGAUUGGAAAUGCAUCCCCUUGCUAUGGUAUCUUACAAUGGUUCAGUUGGAGCCCUCUAAGCUGCCCAUAGCUUUUUCAAAAGCAGUCCUUUGGGGUUUGUCUCAUAUUUCUAUUUUAGAGCCUGGAUUAGCUACAGAGUCGUUGAUGCCUGUGAAUGCUUGGUUAUCAUUACAUGCUGGAGAAGUCUCCCCAACAUUUACUUGGCAAGUUCCAAAUGGUGCUGAUGAUGGUGGAGAUGGGAAGGAUUGCCUCAAUACUCUCAAGGUGUCACAGUUUUGCACUCUCUUAUUGAGAAUAUUUAAAAGAUUAGCCGUUCAUGUCAUGACGCAAAUUGAGCAACGUGGACUCCAAAAGCAAUGGAGUUGGGAACCAAUGAUGGCAGAAAGCUUGAUAUUGGCGCUAGUUGAUCAUAAUGAUAAUGUGCGGCAAGUUGGGAGGGCUAUCUUGGAACAUGUAUCCCAAUCACGGGGUUUGACUUCUGGGCUUCAAUUUCUGUGCUCGAGUGCAUCUUCACUGUCUUCUGUUUUUCUGGGUCUUAGAUAUGCAGUGCAACUGGUGGAAACGAGAUCAGUUUUGGCAGAUUUUCAUAGUUUUCAUCACUUGUUUUUUGUCGUGUGCAAACUAUUCAAGGAGGUUGUUGCUCAAAAACCUUCAGUUGCACAACCAGCAAAACCUUCUGAAGGGGGCUUUCUGCGGCAAUCCUAUUCAAGCGUGCUAAUUAGGCCACCAGAACAUGUUGUGGAUAUUACUAACUGGCAGAAGUUCUGCACUUUGCUUUCUGCAACUCUCUGGCCUCUCAUUUCCACAUGCCUGAGAGGAGAGGAGUUAGUAUGUACCAAACAGUGUCAGAUAUCAUGUGUUCGUUUGCUUGAGUUGCUUCCCCUGGUCUAUGAGGGGGUCAAUUCAUAUUGUCGCACCCAAUCAUGCAGUAUGAUGACAAUGGUUCUGGACCUUACUGAUAUUGCAUGGCUUUUUCACUUGGUUCAUUGGGGAAAAUCAUCUCUCCCUGUGAUUAUCAGACAUUGGAAACAGUGCAUGCUAUCUAUAUCGAAAGAACUAAAAGGCUCAUAUAGUGGUACCAGUCAGCGCUACAUUGAAGAUCUUGAUGAUAUCAUUUCACAUGAUGCAGUCAAUAUCGAUGAACUUGAAGAGAGAAUUUCAAAUCUUAAACUUGCAUUGUCCAAGGAGGCUCCUGCAAAAACUAAAAAGAGAGGGUUAAUUGAUGCACCAAUGUUUAAAGAACCAAUUGUUAAGGUUCCUUCUCCAAUUAACCAUGCAGUUCAGGAGAGACAUACUGGCAGGGACAAUGUCGUGAAUGUUGAAAGCACAGAGCCCUCCCAUGCACCAGAUAUUCAAGAAAUAAUCCUCCUUUCAGACAACGAAGAAAAUUUGCCAGCUGCUGAUGUGUCCAGCGAGGAGGUUUUAUCAUCAGUUAUGGACAAUGAUGCAUCCACUGCGUCCAAUAUGUUGAAAGAAGUUAAGCCUCUUGAACAAAGAAUGCUGACUGAUGAUAGGCAUGUGUCUUUGAAACUGCAGAUAAGUAGCCUGGUUAGUAACAUUAGUCCCUCUUCUAGACCUGUAUCAAAAGAUAGUAGAAGCAGCAUUGCUGCAUCAAAAGGAUUAGGUGGAAUGAAAAAGCCGGGAGUUCCAGUGAAUGCAAAUAAUAAUUCCCGUUUACCAAAAACGGCGAAAUCAUCUGUUACUGCCACUUCUCAACCAUCGCGUCCAAAUUUUUCGUCAGAUACAGAAAAAUUUAAGUCAAUCUUCAGGGAUAUAUCUGAUGAUGAAGAUGAUCCUUUAGAUCAUGCCCUUGAUAAUUGCCGAAGGCCACAACAUCUUUCUGCUAAGCCUAGCAUAGUAGUUCCUAAAAGACAAGUAGUUCAGCUUCCAUUGCUUGCUGGAAAAAGAUUGGGUUCUGGCAGCAUGGUUACAAGUUCUCGGCGACUUCAGCCACCUAAACUGGGAAGCUGGUUUAAAAGCAUAUUGGAAAUGGACUACUUUGCUGUUGUUGGGCUAUCUUCUUCCGAGAUAGUAAAAAAAGCUGCUUUAAAAGAAAUUCCUGUAUGCUUCGAUUCACAAGCUCAAUAUGUUGAGAUUUUCCAGCCACUAGUUCUAGAAGAGUUCAAAGCUCAGUUGCAGAAUGCUUAUGUAGAAACCCCUCCUGAUGACAUGAUGUGUGGAUGCAUGUCUAUCCUCUCAGUUGAAAGAGUUGAUGAAUUCCUUAUCGUCCGUGGCCGCCCUGAGAAUAGUGAGUCUGUCAAAUUCAAAAGCUGCACAGAGAAUGAUUUGAUAUUGCUCACCAAAGAUCCGCUGAAAAACUCUGGACAUCAGGUCCAUGUGCUUGGAAAGGUGGAGCGGCGUGAGACUGAUAAAAAUAAGGCAUUGAUUUUUGUGAUAAAGUUCUUCCUUUCUAAUGACAAUGCACGUCUAAAUAAAGUGAAACGACUGCUUGUUGAAAGAAGUAAGUGGUUCUUGAAUCGGGUUAUGAGCAUGACUCCCCAAAUCCGAGAAUUCAGUGCUCUCUCAUCAUUAAAUGAUAUCCCAGUGCUUCCAGCAAUCUUGAAUCCUGUUUCUUGUGCUGCAAACUAUCAUGAAUCUGGAAAAGUUUAUCUUGAUAGACUUGCGCACCCUAUGCGGAAAGUAUUGAAGUCAUUAUACAAUGGCAGCCAGCUCCAAGCUGUAAGUAUUGCCAUUGGAUCAGCAAGCUCUAAAACAAAAUUUGAUCUGUCUCUUAUUCAGGGCCCUCCAGGUACAGGUAAAACUAGAACAAUCGUAGCAAUUGUAAGUGCAUUGCUAUCCUUACACGCGGAUAAUUCUUACAAGUUGCCAAGAAAUGAUCCCAUUGACAGUGCUGAUUUUGCCAAGCCAAGAGCAAAGAUCAGUCAAUCUGCCGCAAUAACUAGAGCAUGGCAGGAUGCAGCCCUUGCUAAGCAACAGUUAAAGGAUUCUCAGAGAGAAAGUCCUAGAAUGACAGAACGACUUCCAAGAGGACGGGCUCUAAUAUGUGCGCAGUCAAAUGCUGCAGUUGAUGAGCUUGUGUCAAGACUCAGUGAGGGAUUGUAUGGUGCUGACGGAAAGCUGUAUAGGCCUUAUAUAGUGAGGGUUGGUAAUGCAAAGACUGUUCAUUCUAAUUCAAUGCCUUUCUUCAUUGACACACUUGUUGAACAAAGAUUAUCAGAUGAGUUGAAGACUAAUAAUGAUGGCAAAAAUUCAUCCGAUGCUGAAUCCUCUAGUUCACUUAGGGCUCAAUUGGAGAAGGUUGUGGACAGAAUUAGAUGUUAUGAGUCAAGGCGAAAAUUAAUUGAGGCUGAUAAAGGUGAAAAUGGCUCUUCUGUACCUGAUGAAGAUGAGAUAGGUGAAAUUUCUGAUGAAGCGCUUGGUGGAAAGCUCAAUUUUUUGUAUGCACAGAAAAGGAAAGUUUCUGCAGAACUUGCCACUGCUCAUGCACGGGAAAAGAAAAUAGCCAAUGAAAACAAGUUUCUAAAGCACAAGGUACGAAGGUCAAUUCUUGGAGAAGCAGAAAUUAUUGUGACUACACUCAGUGGGUGUGGAGGUGACAUUUAUGGAGUUUGCUCAGAAACUGCUUCAUCUAAUAAAUAUGGGAAUUUUUCUGAGCAUGCUUUGUUUGAUGUUGUUGUUAUUGAUGAAGCCGCACAGGCCCUUGAGCCUGCAACUUUGAUUCCACUUCAGCUUCUGAAAUCGAGAGGAACUAAAUGUAUAAUGGUUGGUGACCCAAGGCAACUACCCGCUACUGUGAUGUCUGGAUUGGCUAGCAAGUUUCUCUAUGAGUGCAGCAUGUUUGAACGCCUGCAAAGAGCUGGUUACCCAGUUAUUAUGCUCACUAAACAGUAUCGCAUGCAUCCAGAGAUUAGCAGAUUUCCAUCGUUGCAUUUCUACGAAAAUAAACUGCUUGAUGGUGCUAAGAUGGAUGAUAAAUCAGCUCCCUUCCAUGAUCAUAAUUAUCUUGGUCCAUACAUGUUCUUUGAUAUUGUUGACGGCCGUGAAUAUUGUGGAAGAAAUGCUGCUACACAAUCACUCUGUAAUGAGUUUGAAGCUGAUGCAGCUCUUCAAAUACUGACCUUUUUAAAGAACAGAUAUCCAUCAGAGUUCUCCUCUAUGAAAAUAGGGAUUAUCACUCCAUAUAGAAGCCAACUCUCUCUACUGCGAUCAAGGUUCACUUCCUUUUUUGGGCCUGAGAUUGUUGCUGAGAUGGAAAUAAAUACUGUGGAUGGAUUUCAAGGUCGUGAAGUUGAUAUCUUGGUGUUGUCAACUGUUAGAGCCUCAAUUUCCUCAGGUGAUAGGCAUCACACUGGUGAAACACGCAGCAUUGGGUUUGUUGCAGAUGUCAGACGCAUGAAUGUUGCAUUAACACGUGCCAGGCUUUCUCUAUGGAUUGUUGGAAAUGCAAGAACUUUGCAGACCAAUUCACAUUGGGAUUCCUUAAUACAGAAUUCUAAAGAGCGGAAACUGUUCAUCUCAGUUAAGCGACCAUAUGGUUCGAUGUUUGAAAAUGUUCAUCCUUAUUCCAAAGAUAUUCAUGGUAUUACUCGUAGCUACCACACAAGUCAUCUUAAGCAGAAGGAAAACGAAAAAAUUGCUAUGACGAGCUCACAGAGAAGUGAUGCUCGAUUCCGGAAAGAGCAACUGUCACAUGCUGCCAGGAAUGUAGAAAAAGAAGGUAAAAGUCUACCAAAUGAGCAAUUAAAACGGGCUUCACACGGGGAUCAAAAGGUUCCUAAAGCUCAAGAGUCCAUCGUGAGGAAAUCUAGUGAAGAGUCGGAAAAACAGAAUGAUAAUCUGAGAGCUGCCAAGUGCUCAUCGGAACAAAAUAUUGAUCAACAUUCUAUGCUGAGAAAACAAAGGGAAGGAAAAAAGUCAAGCGUGCAUAAUGAUAAUCAUCUAGAGCUUUCUAAAAGCUUGGCGACGGGGGACUAUCACGAGUGCAAGGAAUUGAAUAAACCUAUGGAGCAGAAUGUUUGCAAGGAAACUAAUAAGGCCUCAUCCAACCAAGGCUCAUUUCAGAAUUCCAAGGUGAGAAUACAUAGGAAAGAUAAAAAUAAUGGCAGCCAAAACAAUGAUACGGGAGCCAUCAAGGGCUCAUCGAAACAUGAUGUCAAUUUGAAAUCAGCAGGCAAGAAAGAUGAUGUUUCUCCAACAGCACAUCCUGAUCUGCAGAAAUUGAUACAAAAAGCUAAAGGACCAAGGAAGUUUUCUGAAAAACCUAGAUGUGAUAAUUCUAAUCAGGUGGAUCUCUUACUUAAACAUGAUGAAGCUUUGGAUCCAGCAAAUAAGAAUGAUGGUGCUCGUUCACAAACAUACGCUGAUAUGAAGAAGAUAGUGAAUAAGGCCGAAGGAGUUACGAAGUUUUCUGAGCAACCAAGAUCUGGCAACUCAAAUCAAGUGGAUUCCUCACUUUCAUCUCAUUUUGAUGAAGCUAGUAGCCAUAUGCCAAAGCUCAAGAAAAGUCAAGCUACUAACCUAGCUCUAACCAAUAAAAAACAUUUGAUUGCAGCAAGGAAACGACAGCGUGAGGAUGUCGAGUCUUUGCUUCCUUCAGCUCUUAUAUCAUCAAAGAAACCUUCCUUGACGCGUCCUACCAAGAAACAGAAAUGAGAGGCUCCAGCAAAGGUGGCAGCAGAUCAAUUCAUCUGCACUGCAGAUCCUUAACAGAUUCUGAUGGGAUUGGGCUGAUCUUAUGAUACUGUGGCUUUUGUAUCGCGAUUUUGAUAACGCAGCACUGGAGAUGCUUGAAUUGUGUCUUUCCAUUUUCGAAAGCCUAAGUAGCAGCUGGUUUUCCUAGUGCAGGAAUUCUUCUGACAUCCGUAGAUUGUUUUUUGGAGCCUUUUCUUUCCCCUUACCAUCCCAUUUGAAUGCGAACAAAAUGGGACCAUACAGACGAAGUAGAAAGUGAUUAAAAUGCUUGUAGAACUGCAAGCCAAUUUUGCCCUGUAAAUAUUUGCAAAUAGCACCCUUGUGGCAAGAGCGUUGACAGAAUUCAAUACAUGUACCUGCCGGUGUACUUCAAAAUGAGAAGAGAUAUCACGUGUGUUUGGUCAGAACGAAGCCUUGACAGUUCAAUGAAUUUUCGUGUGCAUGACUUAGUUUUGUCUACUGUGUUG